GACUCUUCAACAAUGAUUAAAAUACCGCAUCAAAUCAAAAAAUCUUAGUUACUAAUCGCAGUCCACAAACGUCGCCGUCGUCGCUGUCGGAAAAUUAAAACUUUUGGGUAAAUAGAGUAAGAGUUUAAAACCAGAAGAAACAGGACGAUGAAAAGAGGGCAUAGAUCUGUUGUAGAGACGCCGGUGAAGGUGGUGAUAAUUGAUACCCAGUACGUGGAAACCGAUGCUUGCAAUUUCAAGUCAGUAGUACAGCAGCUCACCGGAAAAGAUGCGACGGCGGCAUCUCAGGCAAAGUAUUGUGCCGCCAAAUUAGCUUCAAGAUCAUCAUCUGGUGGAAUUGUCGCCGGCGCCGGAGGAAGCUGCGGGGAAGAAUCGUUUUUGUCGAGGGGAUUGUCAUUCAAACAUUUUGAUGGGUUGCUUAUGGAUCUUCCUCAUCUUGAUGAACUCUUAUCAGCUUCAUUUCCUGUUUGGAGAUAGCUCUUAUAUUCUUG